AUGUCAGCAGGACAAUAUGGAGCUCGCCUCCUCGAAGAGGUAAAGGAAGAGACUCUCGAGCAGUUCCUAGCGGAGCUCAGAUGUUCGAUAGACCCUCGGCCGAGAUCUGUCCUGGGAGUUCCACAGCUGGACAAUCUGCUCGAAUCACUUCGCUACCCAGCAGCUGAAAGAACACCAGGAAAUCCGCAAUGGCCUUCCUCAUCCACACCAACAUCUCCAGCACUGGACGACAACAAUAACAGCACCAGCGAGGGAGAGCAGAGCGACAACGAGGAGAUAUCUCCUUGCCGACCUCCACUCCGGGCGUUCACAGAUCAAGCCAAACCGGCAACGAUCGAACUCAGCAGUGCUAAAUCGGCCUCCGGCAAGACCUCUCUGCUCUCCUAUCUCUGCGCCAUAUCGGUCCUUCCGAGAGAUCUGGGCGGCAACGAGUCGAUGGCUGUGUACGUCGACGCCGACGGACGGUUCUCGGCUACAAGACUGGCUCAGAUCAUGCAUCACUGCAUUCAACUUCGUCUCCUCUGUAUAGAAGCAGGAACUCCUUCUGCUGUUAAUCCUGUCUUUGCAGACUCUGGUAAUAUCCAACAAACCAUCCGCUCAUCCCUAGACCAUGUACACGUCUUCCGUCCGCAGUCGUCGGGCCAGCUGAUCUCCAUCCUCUCCUCUCUACACACCUAUCUCCUCGACAGAUCGCGCCAUCGCAGUAUGCAUCGCCCACUGGGCCUCAUCGUGCUCGACUCAGCGACUGCGUUCUACUGGCAAGACCGAGCCGACCAGGCAAUGGCGAGGCUCGAAUUACCACCUUCUGCAACGGCGGCCGAAGGACAACGGUCCAGGGCCGCAGAGACGAUCGCGAAGCUCAAGGCCCUCCAAGAGAGGUUCGAAUGUGCCGUACUCUUGAGCACCACCACCGCCACCACUACCUCCACCCCUUUUUCAUCACCGUCGACGCGGACCCAGCAUGAAACAACCUCCGCCAACACCCCCCCGGAGCCCGCGAAUUCGGACACUCGCGUUAUCUCCCCGUGGACAUCCUACGCCACCCUCUCCCUAUUGCUCGCGAGGACGCCCGUCUCGCAGUUCCCCCCGCAGAUGGGCAUCGAAGAGUGCUUGCGAGAUCGGGACAGACGGCUCGAGGCCGUGCGGAGGGGGAGGUUUGUAGCUACCUUCCUCGGCGGUGCGGCGCCUGUACGUGCACACGGGAGGGGGGAGAGGGAGCGCCAGAGCGAGGGCGGGAGAGGAGGAGGAGGAGGAGGAUGGGAGACAGGCGCGUUCGGGUUCCGGAGCACCGCAGACGGCGUGGAGAUCGAGUGA